AUGGAAAAAAAUGUGAAAUCCGUAGAUUUAUUUCGGAGUUAUGAUAACAUGGAAAAUAAGACAGUAUUGGAGGAGCGACUGAGAAAAGCAGCUUGUGUUGGUGAUACAGACGUUGUUCAGGAAUUACUUAAUUUAGGCGUCGAUGUUAAUGCACGACAGUCUUAUAAUGGAUGGUACUUUUUCCUUAAUUUAUUAUGUAUCGUCUAUAUUUUUUGCGUUUGUUGCAAAAUGUAUAAUAAGACUAAAACAUACAAUGCCUUUUCUUGUAUAUGUGUAAUAGACUUAAGUAGCUUUGUAUCAAAAAUGACUGCUUUACAUUGGGCAUGUAAAAAAGGAUACUUAGAUGUAGCUGCCUUGCUUUUAAAGAAUGGUGCAGACAAGAAUAUAAGAUCUGAUAUUGGAGAAACUCCAGCAUUUCUGUGUAACAAUCCACAAAUUUUGCAACUUCUAGACAUGCCUCUAGCUAUACCAAAUGAUUCUCCAAGAGUUUUAAAUGAGCUAGCAGUACAUAAUGUCAUGCCUAAAUAUAUAAAAAGUGAUUAUGUGCAUGGAAGUGUAGAUUCAGGAAUUCCUAGAAUAAGAAAUAAUGGUUUAUACCAAGAUGAAUUAGUAUUAAAAAUUCGCAUUGCUGAUGCCUCUGACCCAGAUUUUAUAGAAAUUGAACUCCCACAAAAUGACUUAACAUAUCAAGCAUUGAUUCGGAUAUGUUGUCAAGAAUUAAAUGUUGAUCCCAAUCAAAUUGUAAAAUUAAGAAAACUGCCCAACACUAGGUUGAGGAAAGAUGAGGAUAUUCAACGACUUCAAAACUUUCAAGAAAUAGAAGUUAUUACAAAUGCUGCAAACACAUAUAAAUAUAUGCAAAAUACAAAUGGUAUUCCAACAAUGGGACAUUCAGGAAUAAUAGCAAAUCCAGCAAAUGGGUACCAAAGUAUUUCUAAGAAAGAUCAAACUAUUUUAUACUAA